AGACUGGACUCCAUGCGACAAUACAAUUUGCAACAUAGCCCAUAGAAAAAGGCUUUGUUUUGGGAAAAACGGCCAUACGUUAGAACCCUCACUAUGCAGCGUAUUGGGUGGUACACAUAUUGAGCACAAAGAGUGCUGUAAAGAUGUCAAUUUAGUGCGCUCUAAUAAAGGCCGCAUAAUCAAAGUGAUGAUGGAAUUACGACCCGAAAACGAUAUUAGACCUUUCAUCAGAUCAGAAAGUAUGAAAGGCCAGAGACCACUUUGUGAGGGAUACAGUGGAAGUGCAUUGAUGUGUGACCUGAAAAAAUCAGAGAUGGCUUACAUACCUCCACAACCCGCAGUGGUUCUUGGUGUGAAUAGCCUCAUAGAGUUAUCAGGCUGUACGAAAGAGCAUAAGAACCACACACAUACACCUUUGGCCUACCACAUGGAAUGGAUCGCAAACACUGUUAUGGACUGGAUUCACUGGGGAGAGUGGAGUAAGUGUCAGAGUAGAGAGCGAUAUAGAUUGCGAUCUGGGUUCUUCCCAGAAUAUGGUUACCUAUCAGGCGAUGGACCAAUUUACCAAAGCUAUACCGGGGAUGUUCUUGAAAGUGAGACGGAAGAUUGUGACGAUGUGACGACUACCAGUACAACAACAAAACCAACAACGAUGGAUAAUGUGUGUUACAUAAUGACUAACUGGGCCUUCAAGAAUACUGAUCCACAAUUAUUCUACUGGCAGGUAGAGCCAUGUUCUGACAAAGUAUACAUGAUAUGUCAGAUUGAAGAAGACAGAAAUGGUAGAUGUCCAAGACCCUUCACAACGUACCACGUGGGUAAGAUGUGUUACUAUGUUCAGAG